UCCGUUACAGCAUCAGCCUUCCAACUCCCUCCCCGAGCAGAGCGCGAGAGCGAGACACUUGCCAGCCCUCCGCCGGCAGCAGCAGCAGCAGCAGCAGCCGCCGCCGCGAAGGAGGGAGGCGAGGCCAGGCGAGCCGGGCCCGGGACCCUCUCGCCGCCAGCCGGCCGGCCGGCCGGCCUCCUCCUCGGGGCUGGGGAAGGAUGCGGAGCCAUGGGCCAGGCUUGCGGCCACUCCAUCCUCUGCCGGAGCCAGCAGUACCAGCCGGCCGCGUCUGACAUACGGGGACAGCAGGUCUUCCUGAAGGCCGAGGAUGCCGCAGCCCCCUGCUCGGACACGCUACAGGAUGCACUGCUGAGCCUGGGCGCCGUCCUCGACAUCGCCAGCCUCCGAGAGGUCAUCAAGGAUGCCAUUGCCUCCGUGCUCCCCAAAGUGGAACGGGUCUAUGUUUACCUCCUGGAAGGAGAAGCCGGGCUGACCUGCAACGAUCCACCCCAUGAGUUACCGCAGGAAGGGAAGCUCAGAGAUGCCAUCCUCAAGCAGAAGAGGGUGGAGUGCCAUGGUCUGCCGCUGGCCGAGCUGCAGGGGAAGCCCAUGGUCAACCUGGCCGCACCGUUAGCCCCAGACAAACAAGUGCUCAUCCUCCCCUUGGUGGACAAGGACGCAGGAGCCGUGGUGUGUGUCAUCCUGGUGCACUGCAGCCCCCUCUGCGAAUCGGAUGAGCUCAACCUGCGAGUGUUGGAGAAGCACGUCCUGGUGUCCUACAAGCGCAUCGUCUCCCUGCAGAAGCUGCAGCCCUGGCCUCAGGUCAGCCUGUCCACCAGCUCCUCCCAGAACUCCCUGGCGAAGACGGAGGGGCCGCCCAAGAGCAGCUACAGUGACCUGGACUCCAAGAUCCUCCAGCUGUGCGGGGAGCUCUACGACCUGGACGCCGCCUCUCUGCAGCUCAAAGUGACUAAUUAUCUGAAACAAGAGACCCAGUCUCCAUGUUGCUGCCUCCUGUUGGUGUCAGAAGAUAACCACCAGCUAUUCUGUCAGGUUGUUGGAGAUAAAGUGCUAGAGGAAGAGAUCAGCUUCCCGCUAACCGUUGGGCACCUCGGAAGGGUUGUGGAGGAGAAGAAAUCGAUCACUUUGCAAGAUAUCAGCUUGGAAGAGCACAAGCAGCUGGCCAGCAUGCUGGGCUUCGAAGUGACCGCCAUGCUCUGUGUCCCGGUCAUCAGCAGGGCCACCUCCCAGGUGGUGGCUUUGGCCUGCGCCUUCAACAAGCUCGGCGGAGAGAGCUACACAGACAUGGAUGAGCACAAAAUCCAGCACUGCUUCCGCUACACCUCCACCGUCCUGACCAGCACCCUGGCCUUCCAGAAGGAGCAGAAACUCAAGUGCGAGUGCCAGGCUCUCUUGCAAGUGGCCAAGAACCUCUUCACACAUCUUGAUGACGUGUCGGUGCUGCUGCAAGAGAUCAUCACAGAAGCACGGAAUCUCAGCAAUGCCGAAAUAUGCUCCGUUUUCCUGCUUGACAGAAGCAACCACGAACUGGUGGCCAAGGUUUUCGAUGGGGGCGUCGUGGAUGACGAGAGCUAUGAGAUCCGGAUCCCGGCUGACCAGGGCAUAGCGGGUCACGUGGCCACCACGGGGAAGAUCCUCAACAUCAAGGACGCCUAUUCCCACCCCCUCUUCUACCGCGGCGUGGACGACAGCACCGGCUUCCGCACCAGGAAUAUCCUCUGCUUCCCUAUCAAGGAUGAAAAUCAGGAGGUCAUCGGAGUGGCUGAGCUGGUUAACAAAAUCAACGGGCCUUGGUUCAGCAAGUUCGAUGAGGACCUGGCCACCGCCUUCUCCAUCUACUGCGGCAUCAGCAUUGCCCACUCGCUGCUCUACAAGAAGGUCCAUGAGGCGCAGUACCGGAGCCACCUGGCCAACGAGAUGAUGAUGUACCAUAUGCAGGUAUCAGAUGAUGAAUACAACAAGCUUCUCAACGAGGGAAUUCAACCCGUUCCAGCCAUCGACACAGACUUUGCCAAAUUCACCUACACGCCACGUUCUCUUCCUGAGGACGACACAUCUAUGGCCAUACUCAGCAUGUUACAGGACAUGAAUUUCAUCAGCAGCUACAAAAUUGACCGGCAGACCCUGGUCAGGUUCUGCCUGAUGGUGAAAAAGGGAUACAGGGACCCUCCGUACCACAACUGGAUGCACGCCUUCUCGGUCUCCCACUUCUGCUACCUUCUCUACAAAAAUCUGGAGCUGAUCAAUUACUUGGAAGACAUAGAAAUCUUUGCCUUGUUCGUCUCCUGCAUGUGCCAUGACCUGGACCACCGGGGGACCAACAACUCCUUCCAGGUGGCUUCGAAAUCGGUCCUGGCUGCCCUGUACAGCUCGGAAGGCUCUGUUAUGGAGAGACACCAUUUUGCUCAGGCGAUCGCCAUCUUGAACACCCACGGCUGUAAUAUCUUCGAUCAUUUCUCCCGGAAGGAUUACCAAAGGAUGCUGGAUUUGAUGCGGGACAUUAUUCUGGCUACUGAUCUUGCCCACCAUUUGAGGAUCUUCAAAGACCUCCAGAAAAUGGCAGAAGUUGGCUACGACCCCAAGAACAAGCAGCACCACAGCCUUCUGCUGUGCCUUCUCAUGACCUCCUGUGACCUCUCAGACCAGACGAAAGGCUGGAAAACCACCCGCAAGAUCGCUGAGCUGAUCUACAAGGAGUUCUUUUCCCAGGGAGAUCUGGAGAAAGCCAUGGGCAACCGGCCGAUGGAGAUGAUGGACCGGGAGAAGGCCUACAUCCCCGAGCUGCAGAUCAGCUUCAUGGAGCACAUCGCCAUGCCCAUCUACAAGUUGCUGCAGGACCUCUUCCCCAAGUCGACCGAGCUCUACGAGCGGGUGGCCAGCAACCGAGAGCACUGGACCAAAGUCUCCCACAAGUUCACCAUCAGGGGCCUGCCCAGCAACAACUCCCUGGACUUCCUGGACGAGGAAUACGACCUGCAGACCAUGGAGGAGAACAACGGCGUCCGGAUGAACGGCUGCCUGGACUCGGAAGAGGGGCACCUGGGGGCGGAGGGGGAAUGAUCCCCACCCCCCGCCUUGGCACGGACUGGACACACACACGUGCAGUGCCGCGAGGCCCUUCUCCUCCUGGGAAGGAUUUUGGAAACAAAGGAACAAAAUGGUUCUUAUUUAUACGAGGAGCUCUACCCUCCGCAAGAAUUCCCUUCCUUCCCCUGCACCACGACCCAUUCUCCACCCCACUGUCCCCCCCACCCAUGACCCCCUACCCUCAUGGACGCGCCUCUUCCAUUAAUGCCAGAACUCUGCCAGCUUGCUGCCGUUUCUAACUUUCUUCUUGUCCUGCAGGGUUUAGUAGAUGCACAACCCUCCGCCUCCCCCCCCCUCCCGCCCCGCUUGGCUCACACGGUGCCACACCAGCCGAGUGAGAUGGGCAGAACCGUGUGGGGCAUCAGCCGACACCGGGGAUUCCCAGCCUCGAGGCCCCAGAUGGUGUUGGACUACAGUGCCCAUCAUGCCCUGCCACAAUGGCUGAUGGGUCUGGGAGUGAGGAGCAUUGUAGUCCGUCAACCGGGGACUCAGGGUUGGGAAUGGUCUGCCGGGGCUCUCAAACGUGGGUCCCCGGAUGUGGUUGGACUUCAGCUGCCCUCAUCCCCAGCCACACUGGCAAAUGGGGGUGUCUGUUGUGGGGGGGACACCUUUGCUUUUGUUUGAAGAAACGAGGCACCCGGCUCUCCUGAAGGGAACUCCCUGUGCAAGAUUGAGUGAUAGGGUUGUGUACUGCCGGGGGUGGCCUCCCGUGUGGGUGGAGCUGGGGAUUUGUCGUGGGUGGGGGAAAGACCUCUUUUUAAUAUUGGGGUUCUCCCAGUCUGAGUCAAGCCGGCCAGGUGGCUGCAAAGUGGUCAGCAGAGGAGCUUCCGCCCCCCACCCCCACCCCUUGCAGUCUGCACAGCCCUCUUGAAAGCAUCGGGGUUCCGCUGCCUGGCACACAGCACCCCCUGACGGAGGCAGGGCCCUGGGUGUGGGGAGCCAGACGGGAGGCUUUCUGUUCGGAGGGCAGGGUUCCCAAACGAGCAAAUGUAGGUGAUGGACAGAAUCCCCCAGCCCACCCCACGCCACUCCAGGAGUAAUCCUGGACUGUUCCUCCCAAUAGUUUCUUGCUCUCUGGAAAGGUUUUCCUAAUUCUGCAUUAGGUCGACACCUAAACUCUAGUGCCUGGCACCCAAUGAGUUACAGACACACCGUGGGGUGCGUGUGUGUGCAGAGAAGACCUCGGGUGCAUCCUGGAGAGCAAGCCGCAUGUCCGACCGGACCUUGGAUGUUUCGGAUCUGGCGCGGUCCUGUGCCAGCAGCUGUGCCUUAUCCAAGAGCAGGCACCUCCUUCAGAAGGAAGGGCACAGGCUCCGCAGUCCGUCUCUCUGCUGUGGCACUUCCUCCGUGGGUCUUGUCUUGUGAGGAUCUCCGUAGGCAGGGAAACUUGCAGCCUAGCAGUCCCCAGGGCCUGUGAUGAUGCUAUAUCGCGCGUGGCACGAAGAUGGCCCACCACCCCUGGAGGGUUACCUUAAACAAAUAAUAAUAAUGUGAAAAUGGCAAGGUGCGAAUCAGCCAUUUGCAAUGCAAAAAAGUAGCUCUUGAAAUGUGGCUGUUAAGUGUGAUGGGUGGGGUAUGAUCUCACCCCUGUCAUGGGAAGGCAGCCCAGGGCCAUCUUUGCCACAGAGCAGGGGGAGGCAACCUUGGCGCCCCAGCUCUUGUGGGACCACGAUGCCAGCAACCGCUGGAGAGCCAAGGUCAGCUACCCGUGCCCUGCAGCAGCGGUUCCCAAUGGGUGGCCCUCCAGAUGCUGCUGAACUACAACUCCCAUCACCCCCCAGCCACAGUCAUAGCUAGGGGUGCUGGGAGUUGUAGUUCAGCAACAGCUGGUGUACUACAAGUUAGGAACUCCUGCCAUAGGGGAGCCGCUGGGUUUUCCUCCUGGGGCACCAUAUCAGUCACAUGGAGGAAGAGUCUUUGCAUGGGUCCAACCAAUGAGCACAUGUUCAAAUGCAUGCAGCAUGGGCGCACCGAUCUGGGUAGGAGAAAAACAUACAGAAGCGGCUGUGCAGGAAUGAACGGAUGCUUUUAAGGUCGUUGAACAAAAAGCGCAGGAGCGUAAAGCUCUUUGUCGAUAGAUGUAGAUUGGUGUGGAGUGGCGUGGAGUGCGCAGGGGAACCUUCCCGUCUUCUAUUUGAUCCGGUUACACAUUAAUCAUGUCAGAAAUAGCCAUGUCGCUCACACCAGUCCCUGACGGCAGUUUGUUCUGGAGAUUGUCCCUGGAGACCUGCCCAAAAAGCUGGAAGGACCUGUGGGGCCUCGGGCCCCCCUUUCCCCGUUCAUUGUUUAUCUCAUUUGAUUUGAUCUCUCCAUUAAGUAAUUCUCUGGAGGAGGAGGAGGAGGAGGAAUUGUCUGCUUAAGGAGAGGUUAGGUCAGCAAGGAGCCGAGAGAAAGAUAGUCAGAGGCCCUACAAUCUCCUCCAGCUUUUUCCGCCUCUCUCUGGAGAUGCCUCCAAUAUUCUCUGCAGGCAGAGCCUGGCUUGGUGUGGCUCAGAGGCCGGACAGCCCUCCGUUCGGGAUGCUCUUGCAGAUUCCUCCACGGAGCAAGGGUCAGGGUGGACUACCAGACCUCUCCUGCCCCUUCCUGCUCUAAAACUCUGGGAUUCUACUUUUGACAUGACCGCAGUGUGCAGACAGGCUCUCAGCCUGCAACCCACACCUGACAUGGCCAUCGGUAUGUCGGCUGUGUAUUUACUCCUCCGUUUUCAGCAAUGCAUCCGCAUGGAGUUGGGCACCAGCGUAGUUGCUCUCCCUGCUCUAGGCGCCGGGUUGCAUUUUCUGUAAAUGUUUCUUCUCCAAGUCAUUACAGGGCAAAACAGGAGACUCUGAAGACCUCACUACUAAUGGAAGCCGGGUCUGCAUUUGCCUUCCCUUUUCUGAAUGGCCUUUUGAGAGUUGCUGCUGCUGCUGCUGCUGCUGCUGCUAUAACCCUUGGCAUAACUCUGCAUAGCUACUUGCCCAACGUGAAUGUUAGAUGCUGGCAGGGGCAGCUCUUCAUCGGAGCAAUGUCCCUCCUCCUCCUCCUCCUCCUCCUCCUCCUCUGCUACAGCCUCUCCAAGGGGCCCUGGACUGGGGCAGAAAAGGAGAUAAGCCAACCCAGGAGAACUUUUCUCUCUGAUAGUUACUUUACUCUCUCUGUGUUGUCCAGAAGAGCUUAUGCCGCUUUCUGAACCCAGGACAUGCUAUACCUCCUGGAGAGACUAUUUUGGCACUCUAUGAUUUAUCCGCUCUUCACUGGAUUGUGGCUCAAGAAGGCUGUUUCCGUUCUCUGUAAAGGCGUGCUAACCCACACUGGAUGGUGACGUUCAAGCCCUGGCCACUUGGUGUGAGAGGGGCAAGCUGCCCAGUCUCUCUCAUGGGGCUGGUUACAUGUCAGGCUUGCUGCUUGAGCCAAGUGGGAGGCUCCCAUUUGCCCCAGAGCCGAGCAGAAGGAAGGGUAUUCCCAUCAUCCCUCUCCAAGAAGGCUUCCUUCCCUGGAAGCUGGUGGGGCCAUUGCCCAUGGGUCCAAGACAUCUGUGCACUGAUCAUCCCAACUGCUGUACGCAGCUGGGAACUGCAGGGUCAGGAUGCUCGGCUAAAGUAUAUCCACAUAGACCCCAGGAAUCAUUUCUAUUCCUGGCGCUACUACUGAAGGUGUUCAUGAAAUGAGGCGUUGGAUCUAGCCAGCAAUGGCAGCAUUGCCAUUUUGAAAGCCAUACACCGCAGACGUGGCUGAAGGUCUGCUGCGUGUGGGGAGCAAAUCCAGAGGCAUCUGGGGGCAACCAGCAAAGCUGAAGAAGAGUGAUUCCAUGCUGGGUGGGUGGGGUGGAGGGUCCCCAUCCUUUUUAAUUUUCUUUUCCUCAGCUCUCCAUUUCUGUACCCGAUACAAGACCUAAGCAAUCGAUGGCUGGAAAGUAUAAUUGUAUCAACCUGGUGAACCCUUUGGUUCUUGCGUGGGUGCCAAAAGUGGUGUGUGUGUGCAAUCACACAAGCUCUAAACAUCUCUGUUGUCUAGGGCUCAGGUGGAACUUACCUCACUUCCGGUUAAUUUCUGCAGGCAUUGAAAAACACCACCUCAUUUCUGGUGAUUUGUUAGUGUUGGCUGGGAAUAGGUUCACGUGGUUUCGAUGCCGUUCUCCUCUGUGCCCGUUCUCUCCUCUCAAAUGCCCACGUGGCCAUUUAAUCCUAUGGACACUGGCACUCUUUGUGGUUUUUAUCAGUGACGUUACAGUCAGACUGACCUGUGAACAAAAUUACCUAGAAUGUCGCAGCUAAUAGUAAUUAAAUCCCUGUCUGUGCAAAUGAGGCCAAGAGGCACAAGGAGAAAAAGAAAGAAAAAGGAAGAUAGCAUUGAGCAUCAGCUGUUGGCGGGUAGAAAGAUGGGGCUAAACAGCACAGAAACAUCGUGGAAGCGUAGGGGAGUAUUUUUCCAGUGAUUUCUUUGCAUCUAAUGGGUUACUUUCAAAAUGAACAUGAAAACUGGAGGCUAUUCAUGAAUUCAUCCCAUUCCUUCUGUUCUCAGUGCCAAUCUCCUCCCACUGUUGGCUACCUUUUCCAAUUCAGGUUCAUGUUUGAAACUCUGAGCAUUUUGGAUGUCAGCAUUCACAUUUUCUCUUUUGCAGUUUGCCUUGUCAUCUGCACACCCCUGACCAAGCUUUAAAAUCUGCUGGAAGAUCAUGGACUUCUUGUUGAAUUGGGGGAAAUCAAAAUGUGGAUGGCCAGCUUCAUUUUGCACCCCAGAGGUGUACAGUUGCCAUUUGAGACGCAAGUGUGGAUCUGGAUCCAGAUUUGUAUUGGCAAACCAUGCCCACCACCACCACCACGGCCACCUCCACCUUCUAAGAAUCCUUGCUGAGAUUUUGUUGCAUCGGCUGGUUUCUAUCAUCACUGCCAGUUUCUAUAUUUAGGAAAACGGGUCUUUUUGGUAUUAAUUAUCUGAAAACACAGCAAGGGCUGCCAGGAACAAUGCAGGAGUUACAUGUUUCAUACAAAACACAACAGUUCACCCCCACCCACCCCCAAGUGAGUGACAGGAACAUCUGUGCAACUGGCCAAAUCCUGCUGCUUCCCUCUUCUGCAAAAACGGAGGAUGGCGGGACCCCAAGGUGACCUGCCACAUGGGUGUUCUUACCCUCUGUCCAUGUCCUAACUGGUUUGAUUAACAUGUGUGUGUGUGUAUCUCUCUAUAUCCCCACAUGUAGAUACUGUUUGCAAGCAUCUGGUCAGUAGGGAUAUACUCUUUGCGCGCGCGUGUGUGUGUGUGUGUGAAAAACCUUUUCCAACUUUCUUGUCUUUUCUUAUUAUGAUAGUUGAUUCAUUCUGGUUUGGGAGCGCUAGGUCCUCCUUUUUCUCCCCCGAAUAGCCGUGACGGGGCAACAUGAGGGUUUUUUUCCUAAUAAAUUUCAUAUGCAGAA